UCCUCCUUAGAUCGGUAGCUCCUUUUCAUGACUUGCGUUCCUUGCGACACGUCAUCCUGUUAGUUUGUUCCGGAGCCCAAGACGGCGAGGGGGAAGAUGGGUUUCCAGAUUUCUAGCACCAUUGGUACCUGAUACUGGCUGAUGUCUUACCUACGAGCGGCCACGGAAGGAUUCCGGGGUUGUGGCCAAGGCACAAAACGGAUGCCGCCCAUCCAGUUGUUUCCUCAACACUGGUAACAUUUAUUUCGCCGCCCAACUUCACCCUCGUCGGGAGCCUUGUUUUGCAGGCCAUAUAAACCGGACUCCUCUUGCUCCACCCAUUAUCGUCACCAUGGCCGGUACUCGAGCGCAACUGGCCGCCGCCCAGAAGGAGCGCCAAUCGUCGGCUCCAAAAGAACAAGGUACGUGUCUCCUGAAGCGCCGAAGAGGGCGCCAGCUAACAACACUGGGUACGAAGCGGCCAGUCUACGUAUGCGAGCACGACCGGAAUCUCCUCCCUCCGAAGCGGCUUCGAACAUCUCCUGAACACUCUGUCGGACAUACUUCUGGCAGAUUUGCGAUUGGUAACAUCUGCGCUAACGAACCCACUGAUCCGAUCGAUCUCUGGGCGAUGGAAGGCCGAUGGCCGCGAGAGUUCUUCGAACUUGGCUUGGAGCAUAUACUUGCAGAAAAGAGGUCCUUUCUAUCUCCUACCCGUACGCGGUCGAACUCCGCUACGUCCAUGACGCCGAGCGAUCAGAAACCGAGGGAAGAAAAGAGUGCCCCGUACCAAGACCCCCGGUAUGAGACCCUCUUAGGGACUAAGGGUAGUUUCUUGGACACGUCCGAGCUGGAUGUUACGGAUACGAGCAAGCUUCCCGAGGGAAUAUACUUCGACGAUACUAUAUUCGUGGAUGCUUGUCGCAACUUACGGGGCAAGAAUAAAGCUAGGGUUAACCAAGAUAUUUCUCGGCUCAUCGUUCCUUCGGCAGAAAUACUUGCCCUCCAUAAUGAGGACCUUAAGUACCUGAUUAAGAGCCCUGAUUACUCGGUAGGCUUUAAACGAGGGGCUUUUACGGACGACCAGCUUGUUAAACUAUCGCCGUUAAUUGGCGAUUUCGCUGCUGGAGACCGAUCCCUCUUUAUGGCUACGUAUUGCAUGUGCUUCCCGUUCCUAACCUGUGAGGUGAAGUACGGCGCCGCGACGUUAGGCGUCGCAGACUACCAGAACGCAUAUCCCAUGACCCUCACGGUACGGGUCGUCGCCGAGCUGUUUCGUGCGGUAAAGCGGGAGAGCGAAGUUAACCGGCGGAUCCUCGCCUUUUCUAUCUCGCAGGAUAACCGGUUAGUACAGAUUUACGGCCACUACCCGACAGCCUACCGCUUUAUAAAGAAUGUUUACAAAAUAUGGAUGCCCGCUUACUUUGAAAAGAUUUACUCAGCCAUCGAUCAGUCGCCAUCUAAUCUAGAUUCCGUCGUGCCGUCGCUCCUAGAAACCAGACUUUCCCUGGGCCUAGAGAACGUGAUACAGUCGGAGGUUGCUGACUCUGCGGCUCUCGAUGAGGAUAGCCGGUCGAAUGCCGCCCCACAAGGAGCCACCCCGGACACUUCGUUUACGGAGCUAGGAAGGGCCAAGAGGAGGAAGGGAGCCAAGAAAUAA